CUGGAAGUGAAGAAUCAUCGGUCCACAUCGAUCGAUCGUUUAAUCUCGGCAUCGAAUCUGCACCAGGUCCGCGGAGUUUGGGUUUAGGGUUUCAUCGUCUCGUCCUUCUCUCGCUGUGGACGGGUACUUCCGCCGCCGUCGUCUAUUCUCGUCCAUCUCGCCUCUCUUCUUUCUCCGGUUGGAAACCAUCUCCGCCGCCGUCACCAACAGGUUUAAUUCGUAAAAAUGGGCCGAUAUAGUUACAGCCAGCCUUCAGAUUCAUCACACUAUGGUGGGGAUCAAGCUGAUAGUGGGUACAACGAGACAGAAGAGCUUAUUGGUCGUGACCAAGCUGAGUUGGAGUUGAAGUAUCCUGAGCCGUCUCAGUACCCUACGCAGUAUCCUCCACAACCUGAGGUGGAGUUUGGAUUCCCCCAGGUUUGCUAUUGUGGUGAUGCACCAAUUCUAGCUACAUCAAAAAACGAUCCGGGGAGGAGGGUAUACACCUGCAAGAAUGUGGAUGAUGGCGAUUGCCAUGUCUGGAAGUUUUGGGACGUCGCGGUGAUGGAGGAGAUGAGGGUGAGGGAUAAACACAUUCUGCAGUUGGAGGAAAAGGUAGAUAACCUUACCUUAAUGAGUAACUUUGAGUCUGAGGAAAAGGUGGUUAGGCUAGAGAACUUAGUUUCUGACUUGGCAAAGAAGUCGUUUACUUUAAAAAUUGAGUUUGAAGUUUGUGUUGGUGUCAUGCUCUUUGUCUUAGUCGUACUAAUGUUGUUAACCCUUAUGAGACUAUGUACUAAUGUGUUGUAUUGUUAUGAACUUUAUGAAUUACAAAUGUGUUGCCUCCAUAGUUAAUUGUUUAUGCCUCCA